AUGCUGAAUCUGUUCGUGGCUGUGAUUAUGGACAACUUUGAGUAUUUGACCCGAGACUCAUCUAUUCUCGGACCUCACCAUCUGGAUGAGUUUGUGCGCAUCUGGGGAGAAUAUGACCGAGCUGCAUGUGGCCGUAUUCACUACACUGCCAUGUACGAGAUGCUAACCCACAUGUCUCCACCUCUUGGAUUGGGAAAGAAGUGUCCUGCCAAAAUUGCCUACAAGAGACUGGUGCUGAUGAAUAUGCCAGUCGAUGAGGACAUGACGGUUCACUUCACCUCCACACUGCUGUCUCUGAUCCGCACUGCUCUGGAGAUAAAAAUCGCUAGAGGGGGCGAGGACCGGCUACAGUUGGACAUCGAAUUGCAGAAGGAGAUAAGUGUCACCUGGCCACACCUGUCCCAAAAGACUCUGGAUCUGCUGGUACCCAUCAACAAAGACACGGACAUGACCGUUGGAAAGAUCUAUGCUUCUAUGAUGAUCAUGGAUUACUUUAAGCAGAGCAAAGCCAAGAAGUUGAGGCAACAGAUUGAGGCACAGAAAAGUCCCACCCUGCCCCUGAUAUCUCACAGCGCUGGAUCAGCCUUGUAA